AACUAAAAAUUAAAAUUAAACCCCCCCUCCUCCCUCUUGCGAUCCUGCCGCCUAGAGUUGUCAAAAGCAAACUCAAUCCCCUCUUAGGCCAUCAAAAAGACUUCUUUUUAUUACCAUUUUCUGUGAAAGAAAAACUUGUCUCAUCUCCCAUGAUAUUAAGUGUUGAAUUUAUUGCUUAAUAAAUAAAUUUGGAUUUUUCCUGCUGCAAAAGUACUUGAAUCCUUGAAGAGAUGCAUACAAAGGACCAAUGAGAAAGCACAGGCGGUUAGAAGAGAGAUAAGAGUGGAGGAGGAGUCAUUCAGUGAUUCUAGUGGGUUCCUGCUAAAGACCCCACCUCCUCUCCUUCUGUAUUUGUUUAAUUUAUUUUUUUUUUUGUGUUUAUUUUUGGCAAGAACCCCCCCUCACAUAGCCCAGAGGGCUUGAGACAGCUCUUGCUUGUAAGGACAAGGUUUUUGGUUUACUACACGGGGAUGAGUUUCAACUUUCAAAGCCCUGUUUGAUAGAACUAAAGCAGACUCCAAAAAGAAAACAAAAAAGGGAAGAAAGAGAUAAAAGCAAAACAGAGUAAUCAAAUCAGGUUAGUUUUCUUCGCAUUGAAGGAGAGAAAGAAGGCUAAGGAAAGCAAGAGAUAGAGACAUCCAUGAAAGGGCCAAAAGUUGGAAACAGUGGAGAGAGAUAUCUGAAGAUAAAGACCCGUCCCUUCUUGUAGAGUAGAAACUAGAUAUACUCUGACAAGAAAGCUAGCUUUGAUUUCCCUCCUUUCCUCUCAGUUGUGUUCUUCUCUGAGUACAACUUCCUUCCUUUCCUACCGCUAGGAUUCAAUACUAAACUGAGCAUGUUUUUGUUUUUGAUCGGUUACUUCUUGUUGGAGAAAGAUAUGAUGAGUAGAAUGGUCUAAAAAAGAGAGAGUCUUGCAUGGCUAGCCACAGAGUUGGAGAGACUGGUUUAUCAUCAGUUCCCUCGAAUCACCAUCUCCCUUAUGCACCUGUUCAUGGAAUCAACACCCCAUCAGCCAAUUUCAUUAAUCAAGAAGGAUCUGCUUUUGAUUUUGGAGAGCUGGAAGAAGCGAUUGUGCUGCAAGGAGUUCAGAUUAGGAAUGAUGAAGCUAAAGCACCUUUAUUUACAGUAGCAGGCAGACGUGCAGCAACACUGGAAAUGUUCCCUUCAUGGCCAAUUAGAUUCCAGCAAACCCCAAGAGUAGGAAGUUCAAAGUCAGGAGGGGAGAGUACUGACUCAGGCUCAGCAACAAACACUCUUUCAAGCAAAGCUGAUGCCCAUCUGGAACCGGAAUCUCCCAUCAGUAAAAAGGCAUCUUCCUCGGAUCAUUACAAUCAGGCUUUUGAUCAGAAGCAUCUACAGUUUCAAGAUCAGCAACAAGUAGAUAUGGCUAAUGAUACAUCAAGAACAGGAGGACGACCCUCUCAACAGAAUCAAUCACCUGCCAAAACUCCCCAUGAAAAGAGAAAAGUUUCAACAUCAGAGAAACCACUUGAUGCUAAGACAUUGAGACGAUUAGCUCAAAACAGAGAAGCUGCAAGGAAGAGUCGACUGAGGAAGAAGGCAUAUGUCCAACAGCUAGAGACUAGCAGAAUAAAGCUUUCUCAGUUAGAGCAAGAUCUUCAAAGAGCUAGACAGCAGGGUUUAUUCUUGGGUGGCUGUGGUGGUGCUGGUGGCAAUAUCAGCUCUGGACCUGCAAUAUUUGAUAUGGAGUAUGCAAGAUGGCUAGAAGAUGACCACCGGCACAUGUCGGAGCUCCGGACAGGAUUGCAUUCUCAUUUAUCUGAUGGUGAACUACGAGUUAUAGUAGAUGGAUACAUUUCACAUUAUGAUGAAAUUUUCCGGCUCAAGGUAGAGGCGGCUAAAUCUGAUGUGUUUCAUCUCAUUACCGGAAUGUGGUCCACUCCGGCGGAGCGUUGCUUCCUCUGGAUGGGUGGUUUUAGGCCCUCAGAACUCAUAAAGAUGUUAAUAUCCCAACUAGACCCUUUAACAGAACAGCAAAUCAUGGGGAUCUACAACCUUCAACAAUCUUCACAGCAGGCAGAAGAGGCUCUCUCCCAAGGCCUUGAGCAGCUCCAGCAGUCUCUGGUUGACACCAUUGCCGGUGGACCGGUCAUUGGUGGAAUGCAGCAGAUGGCAGUGGCCUUGGGCAAGCUUGCCAAUCUUGAAGGGUUCGUUCGCCAGGCUGAUAAUCUGAGGCAACAAACCCUUCACCAACUCCGCCGGAUUUUGACGGUAAGACAGGUGGCGCGGUGUUUUUUGGUGAUCGGAGAGUAUUAUGGGAGGCUACGGGCACUUAGUUCCCUAUGGGCAUCUCGUCCUAGAGAGACAAUGAUGAGUGAAGAUAACUCAUGCCAAACCACCACUGAUCUUCAAAUGGUGCACCCUUCACAGAAUCAUUUCGCCAACUUUUAAUAUAUAAAAAAAAAACAUGGGAUAGCGAUACAGACAGCUUGCCUUCCUCGGUGACUGAAAACCUGUGUUGCGACAAAUGUUAUGGGCUGUUAGAAUUCGGAUAAGCACUUUAGUGAAGAUAGGAUCGUUUUCUUUUGUUUCCUUUCUCCUUUGCCUUCUUCAUUAUCUUUAUAUCAUCUGUUACUGUGUUAUCUUGUAAAUGUAAAUCAAUUUUAUAUGCAUGAGGAGCUUUCCCGCUUGCUUUAAGAAA